GCGGCUGCUGUGAGGCUGCUUGUCCCUCGGUGUGCAUGUGCUGUGUGUGUGUGCUGUGUGCCUGCAUUCAUGUUUCUGCCUAUUGAUCAUCUAUCCAAAGCUGGCUCAGAGCACCUUUCAAGAAAAUACAGAGUCGGAGAGAUGGCUCAGUGGCUAAGAGCACGGGUUGCUUUCCCAGAGCACCUGGGUUCAAUUCCUAGCACCCGCAUAGCAGCUCAACUGUCUGUAACUCCCGUUUCAGGGGACCUGACACAGCCAUACAUGCAGGCUAAACACCAAUGCACAUAAAAGAAAAGUAAGUGAAUCAUUUAAAUGAAAUAAAAUAAAUCUACUAAAAAGAGAAUAGUGUUCAAGGCUAGAAGCAGCUCUCCCCAGGUUAACAAGUACUUGCUUGUAGGAGCCUGACCAUGGAGAACUGGCCCCCGAGUGUUGUCCUCUGACCACACACCCCCCAGUAACAGAAAGAAAAAUUAAAAAUAAUUACUAUGGAGGGACUGGGGAAGGGGCUGUCGGCAUCAUGUCCAGCUGCAAAGGUGGCAAAAAGAAGCCCCUGAGACAGCCGGAGGAGCAGGCCAAGGAGAUGGAUGAGAAGGCGUUCAAGCAGAAACAGGAAGAAGAGCUAAAGGCCAAGGCCGCAGGGCAGGGGUCCCUGGCCACAGGUGGAAUUAAGAAAUCUGGCAAAAAGUAA